AUGACGGGGGCCCUUUACGUGCAGCAGCGUGGCCUUAGCUGGAAUCCACUUGAUUGGGGCCGCAGCGACGUGGGGCGGUCGACGAACCCUCAGCUGGAGGAGGAGCUGCCAGAGAUCUUUGCCCGCCAGCCGACCGAGGUGGACGACUACAUCCGCCCUGACAAGAGCCUGUUUGAGCGUCUGGAAGACUUCUGGGACUGGGCGGUGAGCUUUCUGCAGCCUGUGGAGAAGCAGGUGGAGAUCAUGCGCAGCCUGCGCCACGAUGGGUUCAUGUCGCUCGACCUUGGCGGGUGGGGGCACGUCUUCUUCUUCUACGGCCUGUGCAUGCGUGUGCUGACGCUGAUCCCGUCCCUCUACAGCCACCGCAACUCGCUGCGCAUGGCUCACAUCGGCCCGCAAGUGUCUGAGAUCACCAACAGCCAGAACAAGGUGAAGAAUGACCGCACGCUUUCUUCGGCGGAAAAGCGCGUCAUCAAGGAUGGCUACAACCGCAUGAAGUAUGCGCUGUGCAAGAGGCACCGAUGCGCGCAGUGGAAGAGCUUCCUGACAGUGCUCACGGCGCCCAUCACCAUGUCCGCCUUUCUGUCCAUCCGGCGCCUGGCGAUGUACGAAACGGAUCUCGAGAUGGCGCCGUUCCUGUGGGUGAAGGACUUGACGAUGCCUGACCCGACCUACGCGCUGCCGGCCAUCUGCGCCGGCAUGUUCCUGCUCAACUUUGAGAUGAACCAGCGCAUGCAGCGUGGCGGCCGCAGCGCCAGCAGCAUGUACGUGCGGUGGGCCGUGCGUGCGUCAUCUGUCGUCGGUGUCUAUUUCUUUGCUGCGCAGCCGUCGGCGAUGUUCGCCUACUGGAUCGGGCUGUCCACGGCUGGCUUGCUGCAGCCGGUGCUGCUGCGCUGGCAGCCCUUCCGUGACUUCUUCCGGUUCCCGGAGCCUCCCCAGGCUGCCAAGUCGCACCUCAUCUCGGAGGUUAAGGGGCCAUCGCUGUAUGAACGCCUCUUCGCGACCGAGGCGGAGAAGGCUCGAUUGGAGGAGCAGCGCAAGGCAGACCGGAUCCGGAAUAGCGCAGCGCGUAUCGAGACGGUGGACGACUACGAGGUUGUCUUCGACGACGACGUGAAGAACGCGCCGUCGGGGAAGCCCAGGUGA